AGCUAGCUCCUCUUCAUCGUCAAGUCCUACGCACUGCAACUCUUUCGCUCGCGUGGCUGCUGCUCCGAACCUUCUAGAGGAUUGCAUGCAAUUUCUUUCCUUUUAGAUGGAAAACAGGCCAGAUCCAGAUAUCGAUGAUGAUUUCAGUGAAAUUUAUAAGGAAUACACUGGCCCACUAGGAUCUACUACAGCUAACAGUGUACAAGACAGAGCAAAUACAAAUAAGCGAUCUAAUGCAGGUUCUGAUGAGGAAGAGGAACAACGCGACCCCAAUGCUGUCCCUACAGAUUUCACCAGCCGGGAAGCUAAGGUUUGGGAGGCUAAAUCCAAAGCUACUGAGAGAAACUGGAAGAAGAGGAAAGAAGAAGAAAUGAUUUGCAAAAUAUGUGGAGAAUCAGGUCAUUUUACUCAGGGAUGCCCCUCUACUCUUGGUGCAAAUCGCAAGUCUCAAGAUUUCUUUGAAAGGAUACCUGCCAGAGAUCAGCAUGUAAGGUCACUUUUCACAGAAAAAAUAAUGCAGAGGAUUGAAAAGGAUAUUGGCUGCAAAAUCAGAAUGGAUGAAAAAUUUAUAAUAGUCAGUGGCAAGGAUAGGUUGAUUUUGAAAAAGGGUGUGGAUGCUGUACACAAAGUAAAGGAGGACGGCGAUCCAAAGGGUUCUAGUUCUCACAGAAGUAGAUCAAGGUCCCUUGAGAGAAGCCCUGUUGGUGCAAGGCCAAGACGCCCUGAAUCACAAAGGCCUCGUUCAGGUCCACAUAAUUCAUCCCAAUUUCAACCACGAUUUGGCAGACAAAAUAAGGUUCUGGAGGACCGUGUUCGUGAGGAUUUACGGAAAUUUCCUAGAGUUUCUCCACAAGCAAGAGGUAAGUUUGUGUACAAGCAUUAUGAUUCUGAAGUAACUUUCCUGGGUGGGUCUGAAUUGAAGGGUUGUCUCCAAAACAAAAUUGUUUACUGAAAGCAUAUGUGGCCUGCAACAGAUGGGUUCACCAUGUGAAUAUAAGAUAGUUUGUGUAGUUAAAGCUACAUCUAUGCUAGCAUCUCGAGUCAAGUGCUUAACAUACUAUUCAUUUCAUGAAGCUUAUGUUAACGAUGGAGCUAGGAGUCGUUCAAGCAAUUCUAAAUCUCCAGGGCGUCCCCUCUAUGCUGGCAAUGCAUAUAAUUCUUAUGAUGGUCAUAACCAGAGCAUGGGAAGUUAUAGACCUGAUGUAUGGGAUACUGAGAGGCAUGUGUCAAAUCUGCAAUCUGGGCCUCAGUUUGAAUACUCUGCCUUUCCACAGACAUUAGAAGACUUGGAGUUGGAAUAUAAGAGAGAGGCAAUGGAACUUGGAAAAAUCCAUGAUAAGGAAGAAGAUGAAGAGAAUUGCAAACAUCGGGAGACUAUCAGGGAGAUGAGAGAGAAUUACAUGAAGAAACUGGCCAUGCUAAGGGGAUCACAAGCAAAACAAUGGGAAGACUUUCUUAAAUUUGAUGCACAAAGACGCCAGCAACAGGCACGACAGCAAAUGUCUGCUUCAGGUUUUGGUGCUUAUAAACAGCAAGCUUAUUCUGAAUAUGAUGGGUCCUCAGUCAAUCAUCAUGCUGGAGCCAAUUUACCCAUGGAUUCAAGGGGUAGGUACCCAACCCCUAUGGAAAAUUAUUCUUCAAGGCCUCAUGACUCUUAUAGUGAGUUUCAGCGUCAGAGGCGAGAAGAUUUUGGGAAAGCUUACAAUCGGUACUAGAUCAAUGAACUGGUAUUUUGGUGAGUUGUCUCACUCUUUAAUAAGUAAAGGGGAAAAAUUACCGUUAUCUGUUCGUUUUGGUUUGUUGCCCGAGUGUUUCAUCCAUGGUAUGUUACAUGCUGCAUAAGAUGUUGUUUCUUGGUGGGAGUAAGAAAUUGUCCAAUUGCUUUGAUCAUCUCUGGAUGAUUCAUUCUACAAUUAUUUGCAAGAAAGAGGAAGGUUUGGGAUGUUAGUCUAGGGUUUUAGUCAGGCAGACAUGGCUGAUAAUGGUGUUGCUUUUUAUAAAUUUUCAAUAUUUUGUUAAGCUCUUUUAGCAUUAGCUUAAAGUUUUACUCGAAAAAUUUUUCAGGGUCCACCAGAUCUUGGUCAGGUAUGUGGUAAUGCACAGGGGAGAUCUGAUCUAGGUAAGUAUGUUUGGUUAUUGUAUUGAACCAGUGUAUGAAGGGAACACUGAUCUAAUGGGUUACUGCAGUUUGUUCCAGUUUUUAACUCUCUUAGUCCAGUUCUGUUCAGAACCCUUUUAUUGUAAGGAAGCCAUAUGAGUUUUGGCUUGUAAGUUAGGCUGAUAUAUUUUGGAUUGACUUUUUUCUGAUUGAUUGUUCAUUUGCAUUAAGGGUAAUGGACUUAUCAUCUUAGUUGAUGUUGGAGUUGCCUUCUCCAUUUUGUUUAUUAUCCUGCUUUAAACAUUGCCC